AUGUCGUCGUCGGCGUCUCGCCUAGCUCUCGGCGGCCUCCCGGAGCGGCUCGGCUACGUGCAGUGCAAGUUCUGCACCACCAUCUUGCUGGUGAGCGUGCCGUGCAGCGGCCUUCUCAAGAUGGUGGCCGUGCAGUGCGGCCGCUGCGCCGGCAUCCUCUCCGUCAGUGUGGCUUCUCCCCCUCCACCGCCGCCGCCGCCGUCCGUCGAGCUGCCUCUGCAGGAGCUGGGCGUUGAUCCGCCGCCGAGAGAAUGGUCGGACGACAGCAGCGCCGGCGACGACGAAGAUGACGGCGACUGGGAGGGAGAGGUCGCGGAGAAGAGUGCCACUGCCGUCAACAAACCGCCGGUGAGGAAGCAGCGGACGCCGUCGGCAUACAACUGUUUCAUCAAGGAAGAGAUAAAGAGGAUUAAAGCCAUGGAGCCUGACAUCACCCACAAAGAAGCAUUCAGCACGGCUGCUAAAAACUGGGCUCACUUACCCAGAAUUCAGCACAAGGGAGACUGA